AUGCUUCGACGAAACAGCAUCAGUCGUCGCAAAUCAACAUCGUCAGUUCACAACAAGCAUGAUUCAAUUGAUCCUGAGGUCGCUCGUCAACAUGCCCACGUCGCUGCCAAUUUAGCCUUCGCUCGAUCACAAGAGAGGAGCAGCGCUGAUAUGAGCCGCAGCGGUUUCUCAUCGCACAAUGCACCACGCAUCUCUCAUCAAGAUGCCCCGAACAACAAGGAGCAUACUGUCAAGCGGCAGCAAAGUGUCCGUUUCGCUGGACCCAAUGCCGUACAGAGACGACAGUCCAUUGGUGGGCGAGGGACGCAGCCUACUGUCCAGCGAAAGUCAAGCACGACUACUCUGAGACCGAUGGCAAUGACUACAAAUGCCCCCGUUCCGGCUGCAUAUCGACCACCGAGUCGUUCAUCCUCAAUUGGCAAAGGCUCGAUGAGCAAAGCAACAGGUGACAGCUUUGCCACAGCCCUCGCAGCAUACGAUGAAUACUACACUCGUGAAGACGACGUUGCCUCCACUCCUUCCUCAUACCGCCGAAUCCGAAGGUCGAAGUCUAUGUUCAGCCCUCUUAAAGCUCCGCAUGUCUUCUAUACUAAUGGCACCCCGGAUGGACAUGACACUUCAUACACGGGACGGAGCACUACCGACUCUCGAGCAUCCGAAAAUCGACCAUCUCAACAUGCAUUGCGAGGUCCAAAGUCAAUGAGUUUUCUCCGCAGCCGAAGAUCGACCACUUUUGGCGCGAGAAAUGACGAAGCAGUCCAGAUGGCACGAGAUAGGUUCUUCCACCAAACCACCCAACAAAGACUGCGAGAACAGCCGUCCUUUCUUUUUAGAUCAAAAUUCCACAAACCAGAGAGAACCUUCAGAAAAUCGGUCCGUAGUAGCAGCGGAAGCAGCUAUGGCAUGUCUAUCGCAUCCAAAAAUCAACCCGCGCAGCCGAAGGAGUCUGUGCUAAGAGACAAGGCUCGAAAGGUCUCUAAGACGAUCAAAAACAAAUUGAAGCGCGUUCUUGGGUUCGCUAAAGAUGAACCGUUCGCCAUACCAAAUCAGCAGGUCGACGCACCGGAAACGCACGUUCGUAAAUAUGAUGGCGAUACUCCCGGAAUGCAAGAGACCUUCUCCAAUGGUCUUCAUCCAGAUGAGGCUUCACUCUUGCGUGUGGCAUCCCGUGUACCGUCGAUUCGUGUGAAAAGCUCGGACGAGAAGUUAAAGUCACAUACCGGAAGCGUUAGAAGCUUAGGAAGCGAGCACAGCGACGACAAAUCUCGAGUUACCAGCUGGACUAGCACUGCUGCCAAUACCGUUACAAGCCAUGGUGGGCGAGCACUUACCGAAAGAGAGCAACAACGGCUUUCAAUUAUUAACGAGAACGGUACCCAUAUCACAUCUUCGUCCUUUGACCGGCAGAGGUUACCAAACCAAUUUUCAGCUUAUCCCAUCAUGCAUCGACCAAGCAAGAGUGCGGGUAACAUUACUUCCGUUGAUAGCGCGCGGGUCUAUUCGGCACUCAUGAAGCGACUGGACGAAAACAGUCCCAAAGCUAAACUUGCAGCCUCGCGAAUUGGGAGCGUGGAGAGUUUUGCUGGUUCAAAGCAGAUCCCAGCACGUGGUAGCUCUGUUCAUAGCAGCAAGGGCAGCCGAACUCCUGCCACUAUCCGGCAAGUGACUCCCGAGGAUUCCAAAAGGAGCGGUAGAAACCACGAAUAUGAAAGCCAUGGUCACCAGAAUGUAAGAUCCAAUUCGGUUCGGGUACCAAGAGGCGACGAAGACACCGAAUAUAGUAAAAGGCAUGUUCAGCAAUGGGUCACAGCGGAGCCUCUUCGUGAAAUGCGCAUGAAAAAUGAGGAUGAUGUUUUCUCGCCAAAGGUCCCAAUGGCCGACAAAAAGAAUUAUGCUACCAAUCACCCAAGCUGGCCUGAAUCGAAUGCUCCUGCGGCAGUGCGUUCUGCCAAUUCUUCUUUUUACACUGUACCAGAAGAGUCUGGACUUACACCACAAGAGAUAGCACAUCUCAAUGAGCCAGUUGUUCCAGCGCACAAAGGUCUGCGGGAAUCCAGAUCGACCUUCUUUGGAGGAAGUAAUAUGACCAUUGCGAGAACAACAAGUCCUUACAGACGUGCUAUGGCUGAAGACGACUAUCAUUCGUCAGCGCUGAGAGAACCCAGUCAAGCCUCUCUAGUUCGCAAUCCUCUCUACUCUGGACCUGAUAGUUCCACAUCUGGGCCAAGCGACCACGAGUCUCAGAAAGCGUACAGCGAGAGUGUUUAUUCGCGAACCACAAGUGGCCAAAUCCCUGCGGCUGUUAGUGCGAUCUCAUUGGUGUCGAAUGAUCGUUCUAUUCCUGAGAUGCCCUUUCUGCCUUCGGGUAAUGGUGAUGCCGUUAUUCUGGACAGAAUGACCUACCGUCCUGCAAUGCCACAUGGAGCAAGUCACCGUGUCACCGGCUCUAAUGGAUCGGUCGAAUGGAAGAAAUGGAUGUCGUCUGAAGUUGAAAAACUUGAAAAGGUCAAAGAUAACACAAAUAAAGGCUCAUAUGUCAAUUACGCGCUGCCCACGAUGCCAAAGUCGUUUCAUACUGGCCAUAUUCGAGAGAAUGCACAGAUCCAUGACGAUGAUGUGCAAGUUUCUCAACGCAAAGCUAGCACGGUCAUGCAGCCUCUGGGUAUUGUUCAGCAGAACGCCCACUUCCAUAAUCCGCCGCCCUUGAAGCCUAUAUUGAAGAAGCGCUCUGCCGUCUCACUCGUUGAAUCUAUGGAAUCAGAAAGUGUUGGUAGGCCGCAUAUCCCACCCCCACCUCCUCCGCCGCCGAUUCCUGUUCAUUCUCCUAUCCGACCUAUGCCGUCGAGGUCGUCUCUUCGGUCAAUUGCAACUACAAACACAACUCAUGCGGAUAGCGCUCCCAAUUCUGCUCUCAAGGUAACAAGUAUGAGUGGAAGGAACCUGCUUCACAAGCGAAACGUAUCAUCUACCACGCUUCGCAGCACAAAAAGCAUGGAAACCCCAGCGAAGUUGGUCAAGAAAUAUGGCCGUCCAUUGAACAACACACCGAGAUCGGUCGGGAAACAGUUCGAUUCUACUUCGACCCGAUCUUAUACCCAGAAUGAGAAUGUAAAGAUGGCGGAGGAUCCGGAUGACCUGUAUGGUGCCGAUGGGGCAGGUCUUCUGGGUCCGGAUACUGGCGAAAUGUCGGAGCAGGAUGCCCAGGCUAUUGGAAGUAAGCGUAUGGUCGAGCUGUUUCUCAAUAGUCGCCGCAAGAGAAUCGCUGGUGGUAGCGAGGAAAACGGAGCUUUCAUUUAA